UGAAGAUUGGACGAACUUCCUCUGUUGACACGAUCUUCUUCUUCUUCCAUUCAUCUGGCUUUGGCCUCCCAUUCUCCUCUCUUUCUUAGGGUUUGGUUUCUUCAGCUCUCUCUAUUCCUCUACUGCUCUACACCCAAACCCUCUCCAAUUCCAUACCUCAAUCGUCUUCUCCCAUCACCAAUCAAAUUGGAAACCCAUCACAGAUCCAAUCUUUUCUUCUCUCUCUCUGAAACACAUCAAAAAAAUUGUGAGGGUUUUGCAUCGAUAAUGAAUUUAAUCUCGUCGCCGCUGGCCGUCUCCGCCCUCGUCAUCUUCGAGAUUGAGAAUCUUCGUGUCUUCGGUCCCGGAUUGAAUCCCUACUGCAUCGCCAAUCACUCUCGCUAAAUCUCUCUUUGUCUCGUUUCGUUUUUUUUCUUUUCCUGAUUGUUUUUAAUCCCUUUUCAAUUACCAGUGAUUUCCCUACAAAUCAUGUAAAUCUUGGGUCUUGAGGUGGAUUUUGUUGUAGUUUGUUGCAUAGAAGAAGAGCUCGUGGUUCAAAGACUGGGUUUUUUCUGGGUUUAUCUCUGUGGGUGUUUUGGGUAUAUAAGUAAAUGGGAACUAUGCUGCAAGAGCAGGAGCGAGGAUCGCUCAGGCGGAGCUUGUCGAGGAGGCGUUCGUUUCGGUCUGGGGCGGGUAUGGAUGAUAGGGGAUGGACUCUGCUGCAUGUCGGUUCUCGCAAGGGUGAUCUGAAACAGGUGAGGCGACUUCUUGACGAGGGAAUGGAUGUGAAUGUAGCUGCUUGGGGUCCCAAAUCUAAAGGGAUUACCCCUCUUCACCUCGCUGCUGAGGGUGGCCAUCUUGAGGUUAUGGAUGAGUUGCUUGAGCGUGGUGCUAACAUUGAUGCCAGAACCAAGGGUGCUUGCGGCUGGACUCCGCUUCACAAUGCAGCCAAAGAGAGGAGGAGGGAAGCAGUCAAAUUCUUAGUAGAGAAUGGGGCAUUCUUGCCAGAUGACAUGUAUGAUUGUAGGUUUAAUCCUCCACUCCAUUACUGCCCUGGUCUUGAGUGGGCUUAUGAGGAGAUGAAGCGUCUCCAGUUAGAAACAUCAUCAUCAGGGGACAGCUCUUACAGCUCUGAGAGCUAAAGCUGGCUGCUACUAUGUCCAUGCUGCAUUAUUUGGUGAUUGGUCUUGGGAUGUCUACAUAACAAUAUACCUAUAGAAAUAACAGGCCUCUGUUCACCAUCUUGUAUUUCUUUCCUCCUCCUGCUGCUGCUGUCUUGCAUAAAGAAUUAAACUGUUGUUUGUGUGUGUUUUAUUAUAAUGGCCAAAACCUCAUAUUGUUUAUCAUCUUUCUCCGAGAGAUUUGUGAUGUAAAGAUUGUAGUUCUCGGAGUUUUUAUUGAUUACAUCUAGUAUUCUCUGAGUUGUGCAUGUA